CCAACCCAAACCCACUCUCUUUUUCUAUUGCAUCUUUUAAUCCCACCGUCUCACUGCGCCUCCAACAUCGUUAGGAGAACCUCACGGACCCAAUGGCACCGCAAUCGGAAUCGGAGGUUCCCCCAAAUUUCUGGGGCAACAUGCCGGAAGAAGAGUACUACACCUCCCAAGGAGUGAAGAACUCCAAAUCAUACUUCGAAACCCCAAACGGAAAAAUCUUCACACAGAGCUUCCUCCCUCUAUACGUCGAACCCGACCAAGUCAAAGCCACCGUUUUUAUGACCCACGGCUACGGUUCCGACACCGGCUGGCUCUUCCAAAAAAUCUGCAUCAAUUUCGCCACGUGGGGCUACGCUGUCUUCGCGGCGGACCUCCUCGGACACGGUCGCUCCGACGGUCUCCGCUGCUACCUCGGCGACAUGGACAAGAUCGCUUCAACCUCGCUAUCUUUCUUCGUCCAUGUCCGUAACAGCGACCCCUUCAAGAACCUUCCAGCGUUUCUGUUCGGCGAGUCAAUGGGGGGUUUAGCCACUUUGCUGAUGUACUUCAAAUCAGAACCGGACACGUGGACGGGCCUGAUAUUCUCGGCGCCGUUGUUCGUGAUCCCCGAGGACAUGAAACCCAGCAAAGUGCAUUUGUUCAUGUACGGUCUUUUGUUCGGUUUGGCUGACACGUGGGCUGCAAUGCCCGAUAACAAGAUGGUGGGAAAGGCCAUUAGGGAUCCAGAGAAGUUGAAGAUCAUAGCCUCUAAUCCCAGGAGGUAUACGGGCCCACCCAGGGUGGGGACCAUGAGGGAGCUUCUUAGGGUGACCCAGUAUGUACAGGAUAAUUUCUCUAAGGUAACGGCGCCGUUUAUCACUGCUCACGGUACGGCUGACGGCGUUACCUGCCCUUCCUCCUCCAAGCUCUUGUAUGAGAAGGCUUCUAGUGAUGACAAGACCUUGAAGCUUUACGAUGGAAUGUACCAUUCCUUGAUUCAAGGGGAGCCUGACGAGUCCGCUAACCUUGUGCUUGGGGACAUGAGAGAAUGGAUUGAUGAGAGGGUUCGAAGGUAUGGACCUAUUAACAAUUCCCAAUAAAUAAAUUGUACUAUUUUUCGUCCAACUUUUUAGUUAUGCGUUGAUCAUUAAAGAUUAAUGAAAUUGUUAUUAUAUGAACGGUAUCCCCUAUGGAACAUUAUGAUAUUCACGCCUUAAUAUAAUGUUUAUACA